AUGUGGUUAUAUUCAUUAGCUAAAAGAUUGAUUCAAAUUGGUGUUUCAAUAGGUGCAAUUGCUUUAAUAGGACUAUAUUAUUUCCAAAAUUCAUUAAUAUAUCCUGCUUCAUUAAAUGAUGGUCAUGGUUAUUGUGCAACUCCAGAUGAACAUAGUAUGGAAUAUAAAUUAAUUGAAUUAAAAACUAAAGAUGGUGAAACUUUACAAUGUUAUUCAAUCAAACAAGAUCCAAAAGUUGAAAAUUAUAAAAAUAAAACUAUUUUAAUGUUGACUCCAAAUGCUGGUAAUAUUGGACAUGCGUUACCUAUAGUUUCCAUGUUUUAUAAAAACUUUGGUUAUAAUGUUUUUAUUUAUAGUUAUAGAGGAUAUGGUAAAUCAACAGGAUUUCCACUGGAAAAAGGGUUAAAAAUUGAUGCAGAUACAGUAAUGGAUUAUAUUGAAAAAGAUGAACAAUAUAAAGCUGGUAAAUUGAUUUUAUAUGGUAGAUCAUUAGGUGGAGCAGUUGCAAUAUAUAUAGCUGCCAACAGAAAAGUGGAUGCUGUUGUAUUGGAAAACACAUUUUUAUCGCUAAAGAAGACAAUACCUCAUGUUUUCCCAGUAUUGAAAUAUUUUACAAAUUUUGUUCAUCAAAAAUGGAAUUCAGAAGCUUUAAUUUCAAAAAUUACUGCUCCUACUUUAUUAAUUAGUGGUACAAAGGAUGAGAUUGUACCUCCAGUUCAUAUGGAUAUAAUUUAUGAUAAAUUGAAAGUUGAAAAGAAGAUUAUUAAAUAUGACAAGUUCCAUAAUGAUACAAUUUUAACAGAUGGUUAUUUUGAAGAGAUUGACAACUGGAUAGAAUCUUUAAAGUAA